UCCUUCCUCCUCUCUUUAAGCAGCCCCCUGUCGCCAUACCUGAUCUGUAGAGAAAAAAAGGGAGAGGGAGACCGAGAGAUGGUGUCUAGAGAGCACAAGAGAGCCGCUCUGCAUGAGAAGCUGCAAAUCCUUCGCUCCCUCACCAACUCUCAUGCACUAAGGAAAUCCUCGAUCAUAGUAGACGCUUCCAAAUACAUCAAAGAGUUGAAGCAUAAGGUGGAAAGAUUGAAUCAAGAAAUCGCAUGCACACAGAAACCUGUCGACAAGAGUCCCUUACCUGAGGUGACUGUCGAAACCCUAGAGAAAGGCUACCUGAUCCAUGUGUUCUCAGAGAAGAGCUGCCCGGGACUACUGGUGUCUGUUCUUGAGGUGUUCGAGGACUUGGGCCUCAACGUGCUGGAAGCUAAGGCCUCCUGCACUGACACAUUUCGUCUUCAAGCCAUUGGAAGAGAUGGUGAAAGCAUGAAUGCUGAAGUGGUGAAGGAAGCAGUGGAACGUGCCAUCAAGAGUUUCUUCGGUGUUGGUGAAUGAACGAGAGUGAUGAUAUGGGAGGAGAACUAAUCCUGUGGUGGCAAACCCAUCUUUUCGUUCCCUCUUGUAUCACAUUUUGGAAAGGGCUGCAAAGGCCUUCGAUGAAGGUAGAAUAUUCUGUGUAUUACAGCUAUGGCUGAACCAAUAUGAAGAAGGUAUGUUGGAAUCUAUCAUA